AUGAACACAGAAGGCUUCCAUCCCGACGGCUUCACCUUCGCAAGCCUUCUGGGAACGGAGGAUGUCGCCGGAGUUUCAGAGCUCCACGGGCAGAUCACCAAGCGCAACCUUGAGGACGACUCCUACGUAGGAAGUGCCCUUCUGGCCGCCUAUGCUAGGAACGGAAGCCCUCGAGAGGCGCUGCUAGUGUUCGAGGGGCUGACCGAUCCCAAUACCAUCGCCUGGAACUCCGCCAUUGCCGCCUGCGUGGAGAAUACGAUGGUCGAACAGGGGCUACAACUCUUUCUGGAGAUGCAGCGGGUCGGCGUGCUUCCAGACGCCUGCACCAUCUCCUCCUUGCUGGCCGCAGCUACGGUCGGAUCCUUCAUUUCUGUAGGAAAGCAGGCCCAUGGACUUGCAGUGAAGCUCGACCUCUGCUGGGAGACGCCAGUGGGGAACGCCCUCAUCACCAUGUAUUCCAAGCAGGGCUCUGUCUCCGACAGCCGCCGGUCCUUCCAGUGCGCAGCCGACCCCGAUCUCAUCACCUGGAACUCCAUGGCUCAAGCUUACCUCACCAACGAAAAGCACAAGGAAGCACUCGCCCUCUUCGUCGAGAUGAAGCUCGCCGGAGUCGAGGCGGACCAGUAUGGCUUCACUACUGCCUUGGGCGCCUGUGGCUCUCUCUGUUGGAAGCGAACUGGGGCCACAAUCCAUGGUUAUGCCGUGAAGCUCGGAAUAGAGCUCGAUGCCUUCGUCGGGAGCGCCCUCGUCGACAUGUACGGGAAAUGCGCGGCGGUGACGGAGGCUAAGCUGGUCUUCGACGGGAUUGAAUGCAAGGAUCUGGUCGCCUGGAACUCCAUGGCAGUCGGGUACGUGCAAAACGGCUGCUUGGACCAGGCUCUUGGGCUUCUCACAGCGAUGGGCAAAGAUGGGUCGGAGCCGGACGAGUUCACCUUCUCCGGCAUGCUCUCCGCCUGCGCGGAAGCCUCAGCCCUGCAGAGCGGCCGGCAACUCCAUGCUCUGGUCACCAAGUCAGCCAUCAACGCCGACACGGCGGUGGCGAAUGCUCUUAUGACAAUGUACGCCAGAUCGGGAUGCGUAGCCGAGGCGUCGCAGAUCUUCUCCCAGCUCGCCGCCCCAAACGCCGCGUCUUGGACUGCGAUGAUCGGAGGGUACGCGCAGAGCGGCCUCCCAAGGGAGGCCCUCAAGCUGUUCGAACAAAUGGCGGAGCGCGGCGUGAGACCCGACGGCAAGACCUUCCUCGCCCUGCUCACGGCCUGCAGCUACGCCGGAGAUGUGGACCAAGCAGGGAGGUUCUUCGAAGAGAUGCAGACGGAAUACGGAUUAGGACGGGAGUUCGAGCACUACGCUUGCAUGGUGGACGUCCUCGGCCGCGCAGGGAGGUUGGAGGAGGCGGAAGGGGUCAUCGAUGGGAUGCCGCACGCGCCGAAUGCCCUCGUGUGGAGGACGUUGCUCGGGGCUUGCAGAACACACGGGGAUCUGAGCAGGGGGGAGAAGGCCAUGGAGAAUAUCCUGGCGGCGCAGCCGAGGGACUCGGCGGCGUACGUCCUUCUCUCCAACAUGUACGCCGCGAGAGGGAGGUGGGACGGCGUUGCGGAGGUGAGGAGGCUGAUGAGGGAGAAGGGCCUGAGGAAGGAAACUGGGAAGAGCUGGAUAGAGGUGCAUCAUCGAGUGCACGAGUUCGUAGCAGGGGACUCCACGCAUCCGCAGACAGACGCCAUUUAUUCCACAUUGGAAAGCCUUCUGGAGGUGAUGAGAGCUGCCGGAGAUAGCUAA